GGCAAGCUCAAGACGUACAAAAAUAUCCAUUUUAAAAAAAAUCGAUUUUUAAUUGACACGUUAACAUUAAAAAAAAAAUAAAAAUUAAACAUCCAUUAUGCAUAAAAAUCCUGCAUUAAUUUUACGAAUUUUAUCAUCAUCGGUAUGCAUAUCCGAAAAAGCCGGUUCAAUUAUCAGAGAAAUUAUUCGUAAAGGAAAUCUAAAUACAAUAGAUAAGGGAUUUAAUGAUCUACAAACUGAAGCUGAUAGAAGUUCAGAAAAAUGUAUUGUAAAAUCAUUGGAGAAAAAAUUUCCCAAAUUAACAGUCAUUGGUGAAGAGGAUCUUGGAGUAAAUUAUGAAGUUCCUGUAGAUUGGAUUGUAACAAAACAAGAUGAAACAGUAUUAGUACAGGAAUGUCCAUUAGAAUAUCAAAAUCUUAAAGAAGAAGAUGAUGUUGUUGUUUGGGUAGAUCCAUUAGAUGGUACAUCUGAAUUUACACAAGGUUUACAUGAUCAUGUAACUAUUCUAAUUGGUUUAUCGGUCAAUGGAAAGGCGAUUGGUGGUGUUAUUCAUCAACCAUUUUUCAAUUAUAAUCAACCACAACCUGGUCGUACCAUUUGGGGAUUGAUUGGAUUAGGUGCAUUUGGAAUUCAACCAAAAAUUCCACCAUUAGAUAAAUUAAUUGUUACAACAACACGUUCGCAUAGUAAUGAAACAAUUAAUAAAUCUGUUGAAGCUUUUCGUCCGGAUUUUGUUCUUCGAUGUGGCGGUGCUGGCAAUAAAGUUUUACAAGUGUUGGAAGGAAAUGCUCAUGCAUAUGUAUUUGCUAGUAGAGGAUGUAAAAAAUGGGAUACUUGUGCUCCUGAAGCUAUUCUUCAUAGUUUUGGUGGUCGAUUAACUGAUUGUUUGGGAAAUAAUUUAAUUUAUAAAAAAAAUGAUAAUUUUACUAAUGAAUUAGGUGUUUUGGCUUCUUAUUCACGUGAUGUACAUGAAAAAUAUUGUACAUUCAUACCAACAGAGAUCAAAGGUCAAUUAAUCGAAAAAGCUAAAAGUUUUUUUAAAUGUUGAUAAUUUUUAGUAAAC